CCCUCUCCUGCGAGAGCAGAGAAAAUAGAGACUAGUGAGUGAGAGAGUCCAUCGCUUUCUUUCUCUCUCUCUAUUCAUCUCCAACAGAGACUUCUUUCUAAAGAAAGAGAUCUUCAAAAAAUGACUGUGAUGGAUCACCGACACAAGCCAUGCCAUUUUCUCCUCCUCCUUCUCCUUCUGAUCACUGUCUUCUCCGCCGUGUUGGCCGAUGUUUCGUCGGAGACAGACGUCGGAAGGUUUGACUACGGUGAAGCAUUGUCUAAAAGCUUACUCUACUUUGAAGCUCAGAGAUCAGGGAGACUUCCGUAUAACCAGCGCGUGACGUGGCGUGAUCACUCUGGUCUCACCGAUGGUCUUGAACAAGGGGUGGAUUUAGUGGGAGGAUAUCACGACGCCGGUGAUCAUGUUAAAUUUGGACUGCCCAUGGCUUUCACGGUGACGAUGUUAUCAUGGAGUGUAAUAGAGUACGGUGACACACUCGCUUCCACCGGCGAGUUAUCUCACGCGCUUGAAGCCAUCAAGUGGGGAACAGACUACUUCAUCAAGGCACAUACAAGCCCAAAUGUUUUAUGGGCUGAAGUAGGCGACGGUGACACUGACCACUACUGUUGGCAAAGACCGGAGGACAUGACGACUUCACGGCGAGCUUUCAAGAUCGACGAAAACAAUCCUGGUUCAGAUAUCGCCGGGGAAACCGCCGCGGCUAUGGCGGCAGCUUCGAUCGUUUUCCGUUCAACAAAUCCACAUUACUCUCACCUUCUCUUGCACCAUGCCCAACAAUUGUUUGGGUUUGGAGACAAGUACAGAGGAAAAUACGAUGAGAGUCUAAAAGUUGUGAAAAGUUAUUAUGCCUCGGUGAGUGGGUACAUGGACGAGCUUUUAUGGGGUGCCACGUGGCUUUAUCGAGCCACCGACAAUGAGCACUAUAUGAGUUAUGUGGUUGACAUGGCUCACCAACUAGGUGGCCUUUCUUGGGCCAUGUCCGAGUUUAGCUGGGACGUCAAGUACGCCGGCGUUCAGCUCCUCGCUUCCAUGAAUUCAGAUACAAAAAAGAAUACUCAUAAAAUCGGCCCAGAACUAGUAGUCGGAUCUCAUCCUGCUGACAGACCGAAAUCAGAAACUCCGAGCAACAUACACGGCGGAAACAGGAUCCACGACUUUGCAAUUGAACCCCAGAAACGGAAAACAGGGAGGGAAGUUUCCGGACUCCCGUCCCGUUGCCAUUCCGGCGAACCACCAGUCCCAUUACAGAUCCUCCGAAUUGCUCAAACCCCGAAUUGCGGCUCCACGAUGUCGGAUCUCAUGCCAAGCAAUCCAACAUGCCCAGAUGUAACCCCGACUUCCAAUUCUGGCGAUCUCAGACUCUUCCGAGCUAGGGUUUACAUGAAGUCCAGUCCCAGGAAGCAAUAACGUGCCGGUUUGAGGAGUUGGAUGCUCUAGCCAACACCCAAAAACCAGUGCCCCACGCAAGCCUUUUGAAUCCCAAGGGAUCCAUUAGUUAACCUACGGGCCUGGAACAAACCCACCUUCCUCUCCAGACUUCCGCCGCAGUCACGACCUCCAAUCCGAUGGUUGAGCAGCGCGAAGACAGCUCGGCGAGCACACUGGCGUCCUCUACCAGGUCCCGACCACAUCGUCCUCACGCCCACCAAACCGGAGCCAAAACUGCAUCAUAGAGGAAGAAGGAACUACACCUCCACGGUCGGAGGUGGAGCUAGCCCACAGCUGAAUCUAAAGCAAAAACCAAGACCUGAAAAUAAAGCACCCCCAAGCCAACCCCGAAAAACGAAUCCACCACUUACUCUCCGACGAAACAACCGCAGCAGCUGGAAGGGAAAAGUCACAGAUCCGGUAACAAGCUACCAGGAUCCGACCCCCGAAGCUAACCCGAAGAAAAGCCGAAGCCCAUAGCUCACCAAAGCCACCUAACCACCGGAGCGAACGACACAGGAAAGGAAACCCACCCAGAUCUGCCAGAAAUCACCACAGGAGCGGAGCCGUCCUCAAGCACCCGAACCACGAUGACCCCAACAGCCACACAGAAGCUUCUUUCCGCUACACGCGCCGCCACGAACUCCGAAACCACCACCAUGAGUCCAGAUCUGUAACGGAGGACAGCUCCAUCGGUGAAGAGAUGAAACGCUGACGGGAGGGAGGCGUCACCAGAACCAACUACUGACGGAAAAGCCCUCUCCGGCACCGGAAGGGCAGGCCGGAGAGGCAAACGGCGAAAAAAGAAGAAAACCCUAGAGAGAAGGAGGAGAGAAAGGAGAGAGAAAAAAGUCGAAUAGUUUUUCUCGUUGAUUUUAAAUUGUUAGUGCUUAAAUAUUGUUCAACUGUUUUUUUUGGUAAAGGGAAAUAUUUAUAGCACUAACCUCUUAUAUUAGUCUAAUUUAAUAAGAUAAGUAGAAUCUUAUUAUUGCCUUAUAUGUGAAGUGAUUAUCAAGUUUUAACGUUCUCACGUUGAAUUACCAAAA